AUGCACUCAGACCCCAGCCCUGUUCUUCAACAGAGCCGUUUCCAAAUGAAGAUAAUGGGAGAAAAUUUGUUCUUCACAUUUACGAUUUUACUAUUUACCAUGCUAAUCACAUCAGAAGCAAUUCAUCACACCAGAGUUACAGUGAAAAAUGAGAUCCAAGGUGAAAGAAUCACCAUUCACUGUUAUUCCUCUGAAGAUAAUCUUGGAGUCCGGGAUCUUCCUUCUGGCAAAAAUUUCACUUGGCACUUCCAUGUCAACUUUUCGCACAGUACAAAGUUUUACUGUGACUUCAAGACGAGAUAUGGCUCUGGGAAUUACGGCGUUUACACCAGGAAAGUGCAUGCCCGGUGCAACAGAUCGUGUGUGUGGUUGAUAAGGGAAACCGGUCUGUGUCUGAUACAGACUAAGCAUAACGACCGGUUGUGGUGCCAAAACUGGAAGAUCCGCCCUCAAUCAGUUGCGCUGUCAGCAAGAGAGCUGCCAGAUGCGAGGGAAUAA